CAGGAGCGUGAGGUGAAGCGACACCCCCCAAAGCAGCGUUUUUUGCCAUUCCCCUCCCAAGAUCCCCUCCAAUUUUCACCAUUUGCCACGCCAAAGCAUAUCUCCACAAGAGGACCUUAUGACGAGAGCAAGCAACGACGAUAGCCUACCCCACUUCGCCACCGCUGCCGUCGUUGGGGCCUUGACAGCGACUCAUCGCUACGUGACGUCCAAGGCAACGUCACGUCGUCAAAGUUCCUCUUGGCUAUGGCGUCGCGAAGGAAUCGCCUGCUCAAGCUUAACCUCAAGAGCCGCUUGUGCGUCCAAAAAGGUUCUCUAGGCACUGAGCAAGCCGCUUCCGCUGCAGUCGCCCUCAGUGGCUCCAAUGGCGGCGAGCCUGAGUUUGAAGGCCACGACGACCGCGACAAGCAUCUCGGCGUGGAUGCCAACGAAGUCACUGAACAUCAUCUUCAAGCUGCUUUAUCCUCGACGCAGCUCGCCAAUGACUCUGCCAAUGGUGAAAGCAGCAAGAAGUCUUAUCACAUUCCCACCCCCAAAACCAAGGCAAUACUAUCACCAGCCGAGUAUUCCGCUCUGUAUCCCUCGGGUGCCUACUCAGACCCUAUCACGUACGUUCGCUUCUCCGACACUGUCGAAGACUCGACUCGGGGGCCUUCGUACUGCUUAGACGAAGAAGACAAUGAGUGGCUCGAGAAUCACAACAAAGCAGCGGCCGAAGCGGCAGCCCUCAAGCUUCGCGACACCAAAGCCUUGAAGCAGAGCGCAAAUGGCACGACGACGGGCAAAGGCAAAGAGCGCAGUCGUGAAGAUGCAGCUUUUGCACUCAUUCGAGGUGAUGGCAAGCUGCGCGUCAUCACGCCUGACGAGUUUGAAAUGGUCAUCACAGUGUUCGAAGCUUAUACUUCGGAGAGGGUGCCAUUCGUUCAUCUCAAUCUCAACACUCUACCGUCUUUGCAAGAUAUGCAAACUUGGUUCGACUCUACUUCCAGCGUGGCGAAGCUCGCGUUGCCAGAGCUGUCUGACUUGCCCUGGGAGCAGCAGCAGCGCCGAGCAUCGAGCUCAGCAUCCGUUGCCAACCAGACGCAGAGAGAGAAGACUCUGUGGUCACCCAACAACCCAUACCGCAACCUUGCUGAUCUCAAACCCCUCGCUGUAGUCAUCUAUGCCUGGUGGAAGCAGCGUCGCGAACACCGGGAAGGAAAAUCCAUCGCACCCGUGCUCAAUUUUGACGAAAGUAACGAGAAUGAUCCAUACGUCUGCUUCCGCAGAAGGGACGUCAAAAUCCCGAGGAAGACCAGAAAGACAGAUGCCCUGCACUUGGAGAGACUCUUGCGCCUUCGUAUCGAACUGGAGAGCGCAACUCAGCUGCUGUCGCUGGUUGCUCAGAGGGAGAAAACCAAACGUGCCAGUCUGGCCCAGGACCGGGCUUGUUGGGAUGCUUCGCGCGACUUACUCGAAGUCAAACGGACCUGGAACCUCACUGGUCCACAAGGCGGUGCUGAAGAUGAAGAACUCAUCGUCGGCGAACGGCGCGAGGACACAGCCCACGGCGUCGCAGGUGCCGCAUCUGCCUCUUCUGCGCGAAAGAAGCGCAAAGCGGAGCAAGUUCCCACAGAAGGUUCUGUUGGUACAAUACGAAUCCCGAAUCGCAGGCCUAGGCCAAGCGAAGAUGGUACGUCGGUCACUUCUGGCGGGGGCGCUUCAGGCUCAGCUGCACCCGCACCUGCCCCGGGCCUUGGCUCGGCGAUCUUGGAGCGUGUGCAGGCUGUGCAAGCAUACAUCGAGAGAGAGUGCCUGCGCAAAAGCGAAGCCGAUCUUGGCUGGGAAGAAGGAACAGAUGCUGCUUUCCAACCCGUUCCAGCGCCUUCAAGUCUCAGAGCGUUUCGGCCCAUUCAAGCAGACACUGGGCACGAUCACUCCGCGCAGCAGCAGAAUUUUUUUCAGCAACACAAUUUUCUCUCUCCCUUUCAUCAGGCGCCCUCUCCUUCCGGUCCCGCAGAAUUGGCAGCGUCAGACGCUGCCGGCUCGCCCAGAGCAGGGAGGCCGCCCUCGUUUCGAAGACGAGUGGGUCGUGGAGGCCGAACCUUUCUGGAUCGGCGACUUCCUACAUCGAGUGCUGUCCCCGCCAGUCUACGCAAUUGGCCGAGCAAUAGCGAGACUUCCUCGCCGGCGCAAUUCGAAUCUGCACGGUCGCAGCAGAGGUUGCUAGGAGCUUCUCCGACCCAGACGCGCCAAACCGCUGUCGGCACUACAGCUUCCAAUCCCCGAAAGGCUGUGACGUCAGGAGCCGAGCGCCUCUCGGGACCAUUCGCAUUUGCCCCGGCUGUGCGACCCGUGCUCCUUUCCAGUCAGGACCACGCGGCGACGCGUGCCACAGGUCCAUUUGCGCAAGCUGCAGCUGUACCCAGCUCGCAGCAUUCCGACGCUUCCAGCACUGCAUCUCACUCGUCAUCGAGCGCAAAGUCGCAUGGAGAAGUAAGCACCCAAGCGACCGAGGUGGAGGAAUUCGAUCUCGACGAUCUUAGCAAGGAAGCGGAUGGCAAGGACGUUGCGGGAGAGGCCGAAACUGAUGACGACGAUGACCAUUCGGCUUCCGAUGACCACCAUGCUGCAGACCGGUGGACGCGUGCUCUGGAGCGUUGGCGCUACGACGACGAGGCUGGGAGGUGGGCCGGAGUGGGACUGGCAGGCUUGGGAGGCAUGGAAGAUGACGACGAGGCUGUUCUGGACGACUUCGACCAACGCUUCGUCCGCUUCCGCAUGAGUUUGCUGGAGGAAGCGGACCUACUCAAGUUGUCCACGGACCUGAACAACAUCAUGCAAGCACAAGCGGCUGCAACUACCUCGCCGCCUCCUCUGCUGGGCAUGGCGAUCCCGACACCCGCACCGCGGCAUACGGAACAACAAGCUCUUUCGGCGAGUUCUGCUCAGCAACACCCCUUUCAAACGGCUCAGGCUCAGAUUGUGCCGCAGCAGCAGCCGCAGCAGCAGCAGGUCCCAAUGCCACACGCUUCUGUCAACGCCGCUGCCAGUCAGGUCGCCCAGAAUGUAACAAGCGUUCCAAACUCCAUCCCUGGUCAGCCCAUGCAGAUGAAUGCGCAAGUGCAACAACAACUACAGGCAAACAUUCAGCAGCACUUGCAGAUGCAGCAGAUGCAACAAUUGCAACAGCAACAGCAACAUGCUCAACAGUUGAAUGCAGCGUCCGCUCAACGUAUUCAUCCUGACGUUGCUGGACCGCUCGCCGCUCUUUCCGCUCAGCAGGCGUAUCAACAAGCCGCAGUGCAACGUGCCUUUGAGCAGCGCGCUUUGGAGUCUCAAAGAGCCGCUGCCGCUGCUGCCGCGGGCAUGGGCCUGCCAAUAGUUCAGCAGGGGUCACAGAUGGCACGACAGAGGACGGGCGCAAAUGGCUCCGCUCAACCUCACCCCUUGUCGCAGUCCUUCAGCAAUGCGAGUCCGCAGUCAUCCUUGGAGGGCUCACCUCAGGUACCUCAGCAAGGUGUUCAGCAGUUCCAAAUGGGCGCUGCACCAAUGCAGACGCAACAAGCCGGCCAGCAGCAUGGUGCCAUGCCUCAGCGCGCAGCUCAGAGUUUUGCACAAGGUGGCGGCAAUGCAGGCAUGCCAAGCUCGCCGUUCAUGAUGAAUGGUGGCUUCAGCGAAGCGCAAAUACAAGCACACCUCACCGCGGUACAAAAUCAAAACCGGCAUCAAUCCUCUUCCCCUGUCCCAAUGUCAGGGUCGAACAAGCAGUCCCCGCAGACGGCAGCGAAUGCUGUCUUUCAGAAUCCCAGCCAGGGUGUGACGGCUCAGCAGCAGCUGCAGCAGCUACAACAGCUACAACAGCUACAGCAGCAGCUGCGCCUGCAGCAGCAGCAGCAGCAACAUCACCAGCAACCCCAGCAGCAGCAGCAACAUCAGCUCCAACAAUCCGCCGUCAACAAUGCGAACAUGCAGCAGUACAAUCCUGCGACGAUCGCGGCGCUGCAGCACGCGGCAGCUACUCAAGCUCAGCUGCACGCCAACAACCUGGGCAACGGAAUUGGACUCACGCCUCAGCAAAUGCAGCAGCAGCAGCAACAGAUCUUAGCAAUGAAAGCCGCUCUGGCUCAGAGCGGCAACAUGCAGCUCAAAUUGCCGCAGGGUCGCAUGCAGCCGCCGCACAUUUCCAAUGGCGGACUCUCACCUUCGCGACAGGGAGGCAAGACACAGCCAGGACAGAUGCCGCAAGCGCCACAGCAGCAAUUUCAACGUUCUUCAUCACAGUCGUCGGGCGCUGGUGGACCAGGUCAGCAGAACGGCAGCCAGCGAGGCAGUCCUGCCUUGAGCCAUCAUGGUUCGCCCCAGCAGCACCAUGCUGCUGCUGUCGCUGCAGCUCAACACCAAGGAUCGCCUAUCUCACGACCUGGCAGCGCUCAAUCGCUGAUGCCGCAGAUGCAGCAGCAACAGCCACAAGCGCAGCAGCAGCAGCAGCAUGCAAUGGGGCAGAUGGCCGUUGGUGCGGGCUCGCCCGGUCAAGCCACGCCCUUCACGGCGUAUGGUCCCUGAAAAAAAACUCGCUUGUGGGUCAUGUGCGAUUAGGACGCUCAAAAGUCACACCUCGCAGUCUGCGUGCACGUCUCCUUCGGACUUUGAAACCACCACUCGGCUAGUCUAAAACUUGUACUUCUAUGCGCACACUGUGCGAUGUACCACUCUCGAGGAUUCUCUGGUUAUCUCAGUAACUCCGCCCACUAGCGCCGUAUCUUGAUACUCGUCCACGACUAUUCUUACACUGCUAUCCUCUUACCCCUUACCGCUUCUCUUUGUUUCUCUUUCCCUCUUUCCCUUCUUGACUUUCUCGUGUGGCGUCUUGAUGGCCGUUCGAGGCUUGUUGGUGCAGGGCUCCCACGAUGCUGUGGGAAAUGUGAUGAUCUUCAAAGCUGCCCCAAGAAGGGGCAGCUUGUUCCGUCCUCUCGAAUUUUGUACGCGCGACGGACUGCAGGCGAAAGUGUUGUGUGUCUUGAAGAGGUGUUGGCGCCCCCGU